UAGCUCUUAGUCGACACAGAGCUUCACGUCAGGACAUAAAGGAGUGUGGGAUCUCUUCAGACACACUAAACUGUUUCUUUACCUUGCCCAGGACGUUAAAUAGGCAUAUCCAGAUUGAUAUUAACCUGAUCUGGCCGUCUCUACCUCCCUUCUUAUUGGUCUCUCUCUCUCUCUCUCUCUCUCUCUCUCUCAGACUUGCAUUGAGGACAGUACAGUUCUCACAGACCGCUAGUGCUCGGACAGUCUCAGUAGAAACAGAAGACCGAACCGCAAGAAGGAGCGCUUUUGUCAUGCUUCAUUCCAGGAACAGAUGGACAUUGAAGUGGACAUUUCUUUUGACACAUUUUUGAAGUCUUUGCUGACUUUGACACAAAGUCAUCUGUGAACGGAUACCCGUAACUUGGGACCAUAUCAAAAGGGUGAAGAUGAGGUCCAGGACCAGCGAUAUGGAGGGGCCAGAGAACAGACCACUGAAGCCACUCGCUAAAAUACUCAACACUGAGAAAGAGGGAAGCAAACAAGAGCUGAUGAGGACGAACACCAGAGCUCGGGAGGAAAAAGAGAGCAGUGAGGAGAAGGCUGUUUCUGGGACUUUGAAAAAGCCUUGUGAGAUGCAGCAGAGGAGAGCCAGACUGAUGGACCUCUCCAAAGAAGAUCUCAUCCGUCUGCUGGGAGUCAUGGAGGGAGAAGUUCAGGCCCGUGAAGACAUUAUCCACAUGCUGCAGUCUGAGAGAACACGACCCGAGGUUCUGGAGGCUCAUUACGGAUCUGCGGUUCCGGUCAAACCUCUACAAGCUCUGCAGAGAGACAGUCUGAUGACCAGUGGAGACUUGAUCAGAGACGACGUCUAUGAGAUCCCGAUGAUAGAGCUGGACCGUUUGGAGGAGAAGCACCAGGAGACGUACAGACGGAUGUUAGAGCAGCUGCUCUUAGCUGAGAAAUGCCACCGACGCACCGUCACCGAACUGGACAAUGAAAAGCGCAAACAUGUCGACUUCAUGAACAAAAGCGAUGAAUUCACCAACCUGCUGGAGCAGGAGAGAGAGAGACUUAAGACACUGUUGGAGCAAGAGAAGGCAUACCACGCUCGCAAGGACAAGGAUCACAGCAAACGUCUUGAGAAAGUUCAGGAGGAGCUGGUAAAGUUGAAAUCAUUUGCCCUGAUGCUGGUGGAUGAAAGGCAGCUUCACGUUGAACAUAUUGAGCAGCAAAUACAGAAGGUUAAGGAUCUCAGCAAGAAGCUACAUGAAAGAGAGCAGCAGUUGGAGCUCAUCAACAGCAAAGCUAAAGAAGACAGUCAGAGGAUGCAAAGGCUGGAGCUCGACCUAGAACAUAAGACCUCCAGAUUUUCACAGGAACAUGAGGAGAUGACCACCAAGCUGGCCAAGCAGGAGUUUGAAAGUCGACAGCUGCGUCUAAAGCUGGCCAGCCUGUCACGCAGGAUUGAGGAGUUGGAGGAGGCCAAUCGUAUGUUGCAGAAGUCUGAGGGGGACCUUCAGGACCUGCGGGACAAAAUAAGCAGAGGGGAGUGCGGGAACUCAGGCCUCAUGGCUGAGCUGGAGAACCUUCGCAAGAGAGUUCUGGAAAUUGAGGGCAAGGAUGAGGAGAUCACGAAAACAGAAGCGCAGUGCAAGGAGCUAAAGAGGAGGCUCCAAGAUGAGGAAAAUCACAGCCGUGAGCUGAAACUAGAGGUUGAAAAACUGCAAAAGAGGAUGGUGGACCUGGAGAAACUGGAAGGAGCUUUCAAUGUGAGCAAAUCUGAAUGUGCCCAGCUUCACAACAACCUGGAGAAAGAAAGAACCUUGACAAAGAGCUUGGUAUGUGAGCUGGAAACAGUUAAACACCAUAUCAAAGAACUUGAGUGCUCAGAAUCGAGGCUGGAAAAUGCUGAGACAGGUUUAAAGGAUGACUUGACCAAACUAAAGUCAUUCACGGUGAUCCUAAUGGAUGAGAGGAAGAACAUGGCUGAACGAAUAAAACAGGAAGAGCAGAAAAGUGAGGAGACUAACAAACUGUUUAAAGCUGAGCAAUGCAAAGUCAUGGAGGUCACAGAAAAGCUGAUUGAGGAAAGUAAAAAGCUUCUUAAACUAAAGUCCGAAAUGGAGAUGAAAGUGUCCGCUCUUACCAAGGAAAAAGAAGACCUGAAAUCUAAACUUGUAAGUGAAGAAGAGAAACGAAAGGAUCUCAGUAUAAAGCUAUGUCAGAUACAAAGUAAAGUGGAUGAGCAGGAGGAAGCUGAGUGGGAAUCUUCAAGAAACAGAGCUAAUGUAGACAAAGUUGGGUAUCCUGAUGAGGACAACAAGGUUAAGGAGCUUACUAUGGAGAUUGAGAGACUAAGGAACCGACUUAAACAGCUUGAGGUUGUGGAGGGCGAUUUGUUGAAGACAGAGGAUGAGUACGACAUGCUUGAUAAGAAGUUCAGAACCGAGCAAGACAAAGCCAAUGCCCUUUCCCAGCUCCUGGAGGAGAUGAAGACGCAGAUCACCAAGAACAAGGCCAUAGAAAAAGGAGAGUUGGUAUGCCAAGAAGCUGAGCUGAGACUACGCUGCAAGAAGGAAGAGGCCAAAACAAGAGAUCUUCAGGUUGAUGUCCAAGCUCUAAAGGAGAAGAUUCAUGAGCUCAUGAACAAGGAGGAUCAAUUAUCUCAGCUUCAGGUGAACUACACAGUUCUCCAGCAGCGGUUCAUCGAAGAGGAGGAUAAAAAGAAAAACAUGAGUCAAGAAGUUCUCCAACUAACUAAAGAGUUAGAAGCUACUAAGCGUUACAGCCGUGCCCUUAGACCCAGCAUGAAUGGAAGGAGGAUUGUGGACGUUCCUCUUGCUUCCACUGCAGUACAGACCGAUGCAGACAUGAACAAACGCAUCGAAGACGAGACUCCGGCUGUGUUCAUCCAGAAGUCUGUUCUAGAGGAAAAUCAGAUCAUGAGUAAUCUGAGGCAGAAAGGUCUCAAGAAGCCGACUGUGUUGGACCGUUACCCGCCGGCCGCUGCAGAGUUGGGGACGAGGAAGUCUUGGAACCCUUGGAUGAAGAAGAAAGAAGCGGUUACUAUCACUCAUGGAGUUCCAUCAACCAAGGAGGUCAAUGGAACAACAUCACGCUCAUCACCAGAACUAAUAAUGUCUCAGAAACCCGGUCAGCCCCUUCAUAUUAAGGUGACUCCAGACCAUCAGAGCAGCACUGCCACGUUGGAGAUCACCAGUCCACGUGCUGAAGACUUCUUCUCCAGUACCACCAUCAUCCCAACUCUUGGGCUGCAGAAACCACGCAUAACAAUCGUUCCGACUUCUAUGCUGCCAAAGUCCAAAACCAAUGAAGGGCCAGCUGAACGGACAAAGUCUCCAGUCACUAUAACGGCCAUCUCCAGAGCUAAAUCUCCAGAGAAGGGUAAGGGCUCUGAGCAUCCUGCUUCUCCUCUGUCCAUCAUAACCGUAAGCGCAACUCCAGUCUCCCAGGCGUCCAUCUCCCCAGAGCCCCAUGAGAUGACCAUGGGCAGGGCCGUGUUCAAGUUGACCCCUGAAAAGCAGACGGUUCCAACGCCCAUCCGGAAAUACAACUCCAAUAUUAUAACCACAGAGGACAACAAGAUCCACAUCCACCUUGGGUCACCAGGGUUCAAGAAACCUCAGGAUGACCGAAGUGGUUCAGUUAUGGUUUGGCCUAACGGUGUAAAUUCAGACAGCAAAGAGAUGCAAACGGGGAAAGUUUUGCGCGCUCCCAGACAGACGUCAGCUAAUGUCGGAAACAUGAUCCAAGGAAAGAUGACCAGCAGCAUCACAAUAACCCCCAUCACCUCGGCCCCAUCCAGACCUACUCAUUCUGUGUUGCUUCUGAAAUGUUUCAAAAUGAUAUCAGGGGGUGUCUGCUCCCUAGAUAGCUCUCUUUCAAGCACGGAACGGACGUGCAGUCAUCUCGCUCCACGGCAACACGAAUCCCCAUGUCAAAAGAGAAUGUUGUGCUCCAUGUGAAUCGAGAGCCAUGCUGAGGUUGUUUCAGAUCCGUAAUAUGCCUGACAGAAAGGUCUCUACAUUUGCUUUGCAUCCAAAUGUAGCAAUAGAACGAGGUUUGAAUCAGUCAAAGCUGGUUCAAGCACAAGGAUCUGAAGUGUUGCUCCAUAUCUACUUGCAUACAGCCUAUAUCAUCAAUUCAAGACUACAAGAAAGUCAGUCAGACGGCAGAUUACUGAACACUGGAUGUUUACCAGACAGUAAAGAAAGAGAUCAAAGUUGUACAGAACAUGGAAAGUUGUGGCAUGUCAGAAGAAGAGAAACAGAUACGUAUUUUGAGAGUAAAACAUGGAAAAGUCUACAUGCAAUCAAAACUGACCCCAUUUACUGCCAUUUUUUUUUAGGUCAUUUUGACCCAGAGAGGAUUUGAUUUUUCCCAAAAAUGCUUGUUAAUGUUACAGCAUUAAGACUACAACCUACUGACACAGGCUAUACAAUAGCAGCUUUCCAAAUAAACUGGAUAACUUUUGCACUUGGAUUCAAUCUUUUCAUCAACAUGUUUUCUUUCAUUUAGCACAGCUUCAUGCACUUCAGUUUCUGAGUGAACAUUGCCAAAAUUAUCCACAAAUUAUGCUUUUUUUCCCCUCAAAAACUGAGGUGCUUAAGCUCAAAUCAAUGAGAGAUGAUCAAUUCAGUUUCUAAAAGAAUACAAAAACCUCUGCGCAUUGAAAGCAAGCAAGUUGUCAAAAAUACUGAAUCCAAAGAUCUUGUAAAAGUAUAGCAUAAUAAGAGAUUUA